AUGUCAAGCCCUGUCAGUGAUGACGCCUUUGCGGCGCCGUUUCACUUGCUGCCCAAGGCCGAGGGAGAUUGGCGUAAGACCUAUGAGAAUCCGGCUAUCGACAUAAGCUUGGUCCACAACGCUUUCAUUCGCUCGCUCAACACGAUCGUCUAUUGGUCGCGCAAGGUUGACAGCAUGUCCGACAAAGACAAGCGGGACUGGUUCUGUUACGUCGAGCUCUGGGCGGAAGCACUCGAGCACCACCACAAGCUGGAAGAGUCGCUCAUUUUCCCGCAACUCGAGGAGAAGCUGGAGAAGCCCCAGAUGGCGUCAAACGUCGACGCCCACCGUCACAUCUUACCAGGUAUCGAAGGAUUGCUAUCGCUCACGAAGCAGUUGAUCAAUGGCGAGAAGCAAUGGAACCAACGCGACUUUCUCGCACUACUCGAUACUUGGCUGCCAACGCUCAACGAACACUUCAAGGAAGAGGUCGUCACCUUGAGCGCAGACAAUAUCCGUUCUGUGCCCGAGAGAGAUGUCAAAGAGAUCUUUGACAAGGUCACAAAGCAUAUCCAGCAGACCUACUCCUUUGACAGGGAUGUGCCCUUUGUGGGCACCUGCCUCGACAGGCAAGCCGAACCAGACUUUCCGCCAUGGCCGUUCUUUAUCGUCUGGUGA